AUGUUUGGAGGUGUGGUCAGUGGCAUGUUUGGAGGUGUGGUCAGUGGCAUGUUGGGAGGUGUGGCAGUGGCAUGUUUGGAGGUGUGGUCAGUGGCAUGUUUGGAGGUGUGGUCAGUGGCAUGUUUGGAGGUGUGGUCAGUGGCAUGUUGGGAGGUGUGGCAGUGGCAUGUUUGGAGGUGUGGUCAGUGGCAUGUUUGGAGGUGUGGUCAGUGGCAUGUUUGGAGGUGUGGUCAGUGGCAUGUUGGGAGGUGUGGCAGUGGCAUGUUUGGAGGUGUGGUCAGUGGCAUGUUUGGAGGUGUGGUCAGUGGCAUGUUUGGAGGUGUGGUCAGUGGCAUGUUUGGAGGUGUGGUCAGUGGUAUGUUUGGAGGUGUGGUCAGUGGCAUGUUUGGAGGUGUGGUCAGUGGUAUGUUUGGAGGUGUGGUCAGUGGUAUGUUUGGAGGUGUGGUCAGUGGCAUGUUUGGAGGUGUGGUCAGUGGCAUGUUUGGAGGUGUGGUCAGUGGCAUGUUUGGAGGUGUGGUCAGUGGCAUGCUUGCAGGUGUGGUCAGUGGCAUGUUUGGAGGUGUGGUCAGUGGCAUGCUUGCAGGUGUGGUCAGUGGCAUGUUUGGAGGUGUGGUCAGUGGCAUGUUUGGAGGUGUGGUCAGUGGCAUGUUUGGAGGUGUGGUCAGUGGCAUGUUUGGAGGUGUGGUCAGUGGCAUGUUUGGAGGUGUGGUCAGUGGCAUGUUUGCAGGUGUGGUCAGUGGCAUGUUUGGAGGUGUGGUCAGUGGCAUGUUUGGAGGUGUGGUCAGUGGUAUGUUUGGAGGUGUGGUCAGUGGCAUGUUUGGAGGUGUGGUCAGUGGCAUGUUUGGAGGUGUGGUCAGUGGCAUGUUUGGAGGUGUGGUCAGUGGCAUGUUUGUAGGUGUGGUCAGUGGCAUGUUUGGAGGUGUGGUCAGUGGCAUGUUUGGAGGUGUGGUCAGUGGCAUGUUUGGAGGUGUGGUCAGUGGCAUGCUUGGAGGUGUGGUCAGUGGCAUGCUUGCAGGUGUGGUCAGUGGCAUGUUUGGAGGUGUGGUCAGUGGCAUGUUUGGAGGUGUGGUCAGUGGCAUAUUUGGAGGUGUGGUCAGUGGCAUGUUUGCAGGUGUGGUCAGUGGCAUGUUUGGAGGUGUGGUCAGUGGCAUGUUUGCAGGUGUGGUCAGUGGCAUGUUUGGAGGUGUGGUCAGUGGCAUGUUUGCAGGUGUGGUCAGUGGCAUGUUUGGAGGUGUGGUCAGUGGCAUGUUUGGAGGUGUGGUCAGUGGUAUGUUUGGAGGUGUGGUCAGUGGCAUGUUUGGAGGUGUGGUCAGUGGCAUGUUUGGAGGUGUGGUCAGUGGCAUGUUUGGAGGUGUGGUCAGUGGCAUGUUUGGAGGUGUGGUCAGUGGCAUGUUUGGAGGUGUGGUCAGUGGCAUGUUUGGAGGUGUGGUCAGUGGCAUGUUUGGAGGUGUGGUCAGUGGCAUAUUUGGAGGUGUGGUCAGUGGCAUGUUUGGAGGUGUGGUCAGUGGCAUGCUUGCAGGUGUGGUCAGUGGCAUGUUUGGAGGUGUGGUCAGUGGCAUGUUUGGAGGUGUGGUCAGUGGCAUAUUUGGAGGUGUGGUCAGUGGCAUGUCUGUAGGUGUGGUCAGUGGCAUGUUGGGAGGUGUGGUCAGUGGCAUGUUUGGAGGUGUGGUCAGUGACAUGUUUGGAGGUGUGGUCAGUGGUAUGUUUGGAGGUGUGGUCAGUGGCAUGUUUGGAGGUGUGGUCAGUGGCAUGUUUGGAGGUGUGGUCAGUGGCAUGUUUGGGGGUGUGGUCAGUGGCAUGUUUGGAGGUGUGGUCAGUGACAUGUUUGGAGGUGUGGUCAGUGGUAUGUUUGGAGGUGUGGUCAGUGGCAUGUUUGGAGGUGUGGUCAGUGGCAUGUUUGGAGGUGUGGUCAGUGGUAUGUUUGGAGGUGUGGUCAGUGGCAUGUUUGGAGGUGUGGUCAGUGGCAUGUUUGGAGGUGUGGUCAGUGGCAUGUUUGGAGGUGUGGUCAGUGACAUGUUUGGAGGUGUGGUCAGUGGUAUGUUUGGAGGUGUGGUCAGUGGCAUGUUUGGAGGUGUGGUCAGUGGCAUGUUUGGAGGUGUGGUCAGUGGCAUGUUUGGGGGUGUGGUCAGUGGCAUGUUUGGAGGUGUGGUCAGUGGAUCUUCAGUAUGCAUAGCAAAUGGUGUAUCACUCUCCAUCCCCACUAGUGCACACUGUGGGUUGAAUGGAUAA